UCGUGAUGAAGUUUGUGGGAACUGUGACCAAAGCGUAAUUAAUUAUUAGUUGUAAUAUGCGAUCAGUUGUGGGAGUGUAUACAUAAAUUGAGUGAAAAUGGAAUAUAUAACUGUGAUUUCAGCAGGUAGUUAGGUAUAAUUCACAAUGCAGGCAUCGAUUAUAGUUGUACUCGCCUUAGCUACGACAGUCUACUGUCAGGGGUAUGGAUACAAUUUUGGCAUACCAAACGGGAUCAGUCAGCCAAAUCCCAACAUACUAUCCCAGUAUAUAGUUGGCAGGCCGAAAGUGUACAGUUAUAAUACGCCACCUGCGUUCCCGCCGGCGAUAGGAGGGUAUAAUGUAGGAGGACCACAAUAUCCUGGUCCGAAUAACUACUACCCGCAGAUUUUCGGCGGAGGAAGCAGUGACGCGGUUCCUGUCUUACGUUUUGGACCACCUCAGCCACAAAGAGAAACGUUACCGUUUCGAUCCGUAAUAAGGAUAGUAAAAAACAUUCCUAGAGGCCCCCUGCCUUUUUGAGUUGACCGAAUAGUUUUUUUUAUGGAUUGUAAUGUUGUGAAUGACGUGAGGUGUACUAGUUGAAUAAAAGGGCUCGUGGUGGAGUUUUAGUUUAA